AUGCCGGUCAGCUCGGUGACACUGGCCUCUGGUCAGGAAAUGCCCCUCGUGGGCUUCGGACUCUGGAAAGUCCCUGCCGAAAAAGCAGCCGACAUUGUCUACAACGCUAUCAAAGUGGGCUACCGUCUUUUUGAUGGCGCUUACGACUACCAGAACGAAAAAGAAGCAGGACAAGGAGUUAUGCGAGCCAUCUCAGAGGGAAUUGUGAAGCGAGAGGAAAUCUUUAUUACCACCAAGCUUUGGAACAAUUAUCACCGGAAAGACCAUGCCUUGCAAAUGGCCAAAGCCCAGAAUGAGGCUUGGGGACUGGGCUACCUGGACCUCUACCUCAUUCACUUCCCAGUUGCUCUGGAAUACAUCGACCCGGAAACUCUACGAUAUCCGGCCUGGUGGAUGGAUGCCGAGCACAAGACCAUCCGCUCAGCAAAGGUACCCAUGCAUGAGACAUGGCAAGCCCUGGAGGAAGUCGUCGAUGCUGGUAUCGCAAAGUCGAUCGGAAUUUCCAAUGCCCAAGCCCAGACUCUCUACGACAUUCAGACCUACGCCCGUCAUCCUAUCUCCGCUCUACAGAUUGAGCAUCACCCAUACCUGGUCCAGCCGGACCUCAUCACGCUGGCCCAAGAGAAGAACAUUGCUGUAACGGCGUACUCGACUUUCGGACCCCAGAGUUUCCUCGAGCUUCCUCCCGCCUUCCGAGAGCGCGCCAAAGAUGUGCCUCCGUUAUUUGAGGUCAAGGCAGUGAAAGCCGCCGCGGCGAGGACAGCCAAGUCACCAGCGCAGGUCUUGCUUCGCUGGGCCACGCAAAGGAACAUUGCCGUCAUACCCAAAUCCAACAAUGUCGAUCGACUGAAACAGAAUCUCGAGGUGACAGACUUUGACUUGACGGAGCAGGAGCUGAAGGAGAUAAGCGCUCUGGAUGUAGGUCUGAGGUUCAAUGACCCAGGCUUCUACCUAGAUGAGCCGCUGAGGAUUUUCGCUUAG